AUGACGCCAAAAUUACAAAUAGACACUUUAAAUGUGGAAAAUAUGCCACAGGCCACACAUAUCGGCGGACCUUUCUCGGCGUUUUCCUCAUGGAAGCCCGGAAACAUAGGCGUAGACGGAGCCCGACAAUUACUACACUCAGCAGGGCUAGACAAGAUUUCCUCUGUGGAAUACCCAAAACAAUGGCUGGGUGAGCAUUCUCCCGUCUCUUACUCACUUGGCACACAGGGACUUCCUAUGACACCAGUGUUUGCAGGAAUAAUGCAGAGACGGAAAAGACGGGAGAAUCGUCCUCGGCGACAGCGAACGACGUUUACCAGUGAACAGACUCUAAAACUCGAACUCGAGUACAAUCGAACAGAAUACAUUUCCAGACCUCGGAGAUACGAACUAGCGGAAAUUUUAAACCUAUCAGAAAAUCAAAUCAAGAUUUGGUUUCAGAAUCGUAGAGCCAAGGAGAAACGCAUUGAGAAGGCCCAUCAGGACCAACAAAUAAGGAGCAACAACAUGACGAAUAUCGGAAUGACUCCCUUCCCUACUUCUGGGCCGUACUCAAUGUUUUGUGGACCCUGUGUGUGGCCAUAUCCUCCCGGAACACUGACAAAUGUACUGGCAUCUCCAACGAAACCAACAUAA